GCCCCUCCCACCAUGGCUGGCCCAGUUUGUCCUUUUUGACGACCUUUAUGUCGUCUCAGUCUCCUGGCUUGGAGCGGUUGUUGACCUGUGGGGAAGAAAGAUCAGGCGGCAGCAAAUUUGCAUUUGACACCUCUUUCAGUUUGAGUGCUCUGAUCAUGCUAUCUGCCAAGGACUGUUCUUCGUCUGUUCUUUGCAACUCUUGUAGUCAAUUUUAUUGCCCUUUUGAACUGGGCAAAUAGGAGUGUUUGCGGGAAGAGUUUGAGCACUUCCUAAUGAUUCCUCCGAACCAAAGACCAUUUAUGACAGGGGCUAUCCCAUUUAUUGCCUCCUGUUUUGAAGGAAAUUCUCUAAUCUUGGUUGGAUUUGUACUGGGGUAAUGGACGUUAAAAGUCCUACAUCAGAUGGGCCCUUUGUCCACAGUUUUUCAGGAAGCCCAGCCAAUUCCCCCUCCUCCUUUUCAUUCAAACAAGUGUUGAUUAGCCAGGGAAGCGCAUAAGCGCGUGCCCUUAACAGCUACACCACUUCCUCAUAGCUUAUUUAGUCACUUUUCAAUCAUCUUCCGAUUGCUUCAAGCAAAAGUUUGAAAAGCUUGAGAAAAUUUUAACUUCAUGGUAUGACGCCAAAUGUAUUAGAGAAUCCAUGUGUCGUAAAGUGUUGUAUUAUUACUAUCUUUCACUAUCUGUCCUACUCCCUCCCCCCUUCUGAGGCUUGGCAACGCCCAUGCCUCAAACCUUGACAAACUUUUUGGGAGGAUGUGUUCUUUACUACAUAUUAUCUACACCAGUGUUUCCCAACCGCUGUGCCGCGGCACACAAGUGUGCCGUGACGAAUCAUCAGGUGUGCCGCCCAGUUUCGUCUAAUUGGUUCAAAGUGAGAAGCAUGUAGUGAUAGACAGGGCAAUUAAAUGCUCUUCCAAUAGAGGGCAGUGUAUCAGCGCGAUAUGUCUACUCUAGGAGUAGGAAGUUCAUAGUUAUCCUCGAGUGAGACAGUGCAGGUAAUAGCAAUGGAUAAAUAUUUGAAAAGAAAAAGUACUCAAUCUGACCUGGGUCCUGAAGAAAAUUCUGACCCAGAUGAAGGCCCUAGCAUGAGCACUGGUCAGAAGAAAGCAAAAAAGGUGAGCUUAAGACAAUACAAUGAAGGCUAUCUUGCUUUUGGAUUUACUUUUACCGGAGAAAAAAGUGCGGCAACUCCGCUAUGCCUGGUGUAUUCAAGACAUGUCUGCAGACAUUGAGAAGACAGUUUUGGAAAAGUUGCACAUUAGUGGGAAAUUCGCUUUGCAAAUUGAUGAAUCUACGGAUAUCAGUGGACACGCGCAGCUUCUGGCAAAUGUGCGCUUUGUAGACGGAGACACCAUCAGAGAAAACUUUCUGUUUUGCAAGGAAUUGCCAGGAAGAACAACAGGAGAAGAAAUUUUUCGAGUUGUAUCAGAGUACAUUGAACAAGGAGGACUAAAGUGGCAAGACUGCGUAAGUGUUUGCACCGAUGGAGCAGCUGCCAUGCUCGGGCGCACCAAAGGAUUUGUAAACAGAGUGAAAGAGCAAAAUCCAAAAGUCAUCGCGACGCAUUGUUUUCUGCACCGGGAAGCACUUGUUGCCAAAACAUUACCAGCAGACCUAGCUCCUGUAAUGGAAGAUGUUGUGCGCAUGAUAAACUUUGUGAAGACGAGACCAGUAAAAAGCCGCAUGUUUACAUCAUUGUGUGAGGAAAUGGGGCAGGAGCAUAAAGUGUUAUUGCUCCACACGGAGGUCCGGUGGCUUUCCCGUGGCAAAGUUUUAAGUCGUGUUUAUGAGCUGAGGGAGGAACUCAAAGUGCUUUUGACAAAUGAGAAGCAUGAUGACGCUAACUUGCUCUCAAAUGAUGAGUGGUGUGCAAGACUGGCAUAUCUGGCAGAUACAUUUAAACAUCUGAAUGACUUGAACACGCGAAUGCAAGGUCGAAACGAAAACCUGCUCACAAGUACAGAUAAAAUACAGGGGUUUCGUUCAAAGGUGCUGCUCUGGGAACAACACGUGGAAAGUGCCAACCUAGAAAUGUUCCCAAACACCCAGAAAUGGCAGAGUGUCAACAGAGCUGCACUGUGUGAGACAAUAGGUAAACAUCUGCAAAGUUUGGAGCAGAAGUUGUCAUGUUAUUUCCCUUCACUUUCCACUGAUUGCCUUGACUGGGUGAGGAACCCAUAUAGCUCAACUGCAGUUGGAAGGGACAUAACCUUUCAGGAGCAGGAAGAAAUAACUGAACUGAGACAAGAUCGUGGUCUUAAGCUGCGCUUUUCGGAUGUACCUUUGGACAGUUUUUGGCUGACUGCUGCCAAGGAGUUCCCUAUUCUGGGAAACAAAGCAAUUUCAGCUCUUCUCCCUUUCUCCACAACCCAUCUAUGUGAGCUGGGCUUUUCAAGCAUGACUACUUUAAAGACUAAGAAAAGAGCGAGACUCAGAGCUGUUGAGGAAGAUCUUCGUGUUUGUCUUUCUUCAAUUCCUGCAAGAAUAUCAGCGUUGUGUUCAACCAAACAGGGCCAAAUUUCACACUGAGUAAGUGAAUUGACAAUAAAUGUUCAUUAUAUUUCAUUAUAUAUACGUUUUGUGACAUUUUUGUUUGGUGGUGUGCCGUGUGAUUUUUGUAACAUAAAAUAUGUGCCAUUGCUCAAAAAAGGUUGGGAAACACUGAUCUA